AGGGCUUCUAUUUGAAUGUCCCCGCCCCCUCCAGGACGCCGUCCCGCGAUUGGCUCUGCCGACCCCUCCCGGGGCUCGCAGUUGCGCGGCCGCCGCGCGGGGGGCAGUUCGCAUCACCAUGGAGCUGGGGCUCGCGGGCCGCCGGGCGCUGGCAUCGGGCGCAGCACGGUCCAGGCGCUGCACGCGGCGGGUGCACAGGUGGUGGCAGUGAGCCGGACCCGGGCCGACCUGGACAGCCUGGUCCGCGAGUGCCCAGGUGUGGAGCCCGUGUGCGUGGACCUGGGCAACUGGGAGGCCACGGAGCAGGCGCUGGGCAGCGUGGGCCCCGUGGACCUGCUGGUGAACAAUGCCGCCGUGGCGCUGCUGCAGCCCUUCCUGGAGGUCACCAAGGAGGCGUGUGACGCGUCCUUCGAUGUAAAUCUGCGGGCUGUCCUCCAGGUGUCCCAGAUCGUGGCCCGAGGCAUGGUUGCUCGGGGAGCCCCAGGGUCCAUCGUGAAUGUCUCCAGUCAGGCCUCCCAGCGAGCACUGACCCACCACAGCGUCUACUGUACCACCAAGAGUGCUGUGGACAUGCUGACCAAGGUGAUGGCUCUGGAGCUUGGGCCAUACAAGAUCCGUGUGAAUGCAGUGAACCCCACAGUGGUGAUGACACCCAUGGGCCAGGCCAACUGGAGUGACCCCCAGAAGGCCAAGACCAUGUUGGACCGAAUCCCACUUGGCAGGUUUGCUGAAGUGGACAAUGUGGUGGACACCAUCCUCUUCUUACUGAGUGACUGGAGCAGCAUGACCACAGGCUCUACCGUGCCAGUCGAUGGGGGCUUCCUGGUCACCUGAGCCCUCUACCCGCACACCCUGCUGCUUGCUGAGCCCAGCCCUGCCCACCCCCAUCCCUCCAAUAAACAUGAUUCUUUGCCAGCAAGUGCA